CCAUCUCCUGGGCGUUCCCAGCUUGUCCAACACCUCAUUUCGACAAUGCUGCCCACUGUCGCACGUCCGCUCAUACGACGAACCAUUCCUUCUCUGGCCGCUGCAGCUGGAGCUGUACGACACGAGUCUAACUCGGUCGUCCAGAAGACCGAGGCUAUCAAGGAGCAUUCGGAGCAUGUCAAGGAUGCGAUAUUCAAGAACGCUGAUCGGGAGGUGACCACAGCAGAGGUCAUUAGUGGGGCUCCGCCGGAGCUACAAUACCGUUCAGUCCGUAUCUUCAAGCCCACGAGGAACACGAUGCAGUCCGCGGCCUCGGGAAGCUCUAAAUGGCGUAUCGACUGGGACACUCUACCCGCAGGAGGCAGAUGGGAGAAUAGGUUGAUGGGAUGGGCAAGUUCGGCGGACUAUAUGCAGGGAACGAGGCUCAGCUUUAGGACGAAGGAGGAGGCAAUCCAUUUUGUUGAGAAGCAGGGAUGGGACUAUUUCGUGCAGGAGGAACACGUCAAACGUAUCCCUCCGAAGGCAUACGCGGAGAACUUUGUGCAUAUCCCAGGCAAGCUCCGGAUCGCGAGGACGAAAUAGUUGGUUAUAUGCGGUUGACCAUAUCCCGAAGUUGAGCAAAAACAUUGUAGAAAUAAUACCAUAUUGUUAAAUCCG